CAUAUUUUAAAAUUUCAGAUCAAUUAUAUUUUUGAAUAGGCCUUUUUUUAUCUACUCUUCCUCCUUACAAUGCCAUCUAUUGUCACGGAGAUCCCCCACACACAAGCACUAGCACCACUGGGAUGGCGAAGCUUCAGUCUUCUUACUCUUCAGCACCCUUGGCCUUGUUCUGGAAGCGGCGCGGGCAUUUGGUGUUUGCUCUCCUUGUUAUGCUCUCCGUCACCACAGUAAUUGCCUUUCUAAUCAGAGGCGGGAUUGACUCCUGUGAUUGCCGCAGAGGAGUGGGUUCUGGGAAGGUAUUUGGUGGUAAUCUGCAAGAUUUCAAGCAGAUUGGUCCUGCUGGGAUUCGUGGGAGCCCACUCAGUUUCAUGAAGUCGAAGCAUGUACUUUUGGUUUCACAUGAGCUCUCUCUUUCAGGAAAUGCAUCGCAGGGAGUAGCGAGAGUGGCAGGAAGCUCAUAUUGGUCCAAGAGCUCAUGCUCAUCCCCUUCAAGUUUAGCUGACUCGUUAGUGUUUUUGCUUGGAGCAUGUGAUCUUUCGGAGUGGCAGGAAGCCCAUCUUGGUCCAAGAGCUCAUGCUCAUCCCCUUCAAGUUUAGCUGACUCGUUAGUGUAAGAAAGUCAGAUGUGAUUU